UCCAGUCCGAACCAAGAGGUGAGUUUCUGUUAGACUCUAUUAAACUAGACCGGGACCAGAUCCAGGACCAGAUCCAGGACCAGAUCCAGGACCAGAUCCAGGACCAGAUCCAGGACCAGAUCCAGGACCAGGACCAGGACCAGAUCAGCAACGAGUGGUGGCCACGUGUUUGGAGGAGAUGGACCGGGAUCAGAUCCAGGACCAGGAGAUGGACCGGGAUCAGAUCCAGGACCAGGAUCAGAUCCAGGACCAGGAUCAGAACCAGGAGCGGGACCAGAUCCAGUACCGGGACCAGAUCCAGACCCAGGAUCAGAUCCAGGACCGGGAUCAGAUCCAGGACCGGGAUCAGAACCCGGACUCGGAGUCCAGCAGCAGGACCAAAGCAGACUCUUCCUCCGCUGGUCUGCAGAAACAUAAAGCCAAAGAGAGAACCACAAGUCACUGCUGUGAUAGGAGGUAUAAAGUCCUCACCACUUCCACACCAGUUCUGAAGGUCCGAAAGAGGAUUAAUACUGAAGAGAAGCUGUCCAGCUGUGAACAGUGUUGGGCAGCAUUUACCCAACAAGAUAGUCUAAUGAGUCAUCAGCGUAUUCACACUGGAGAGAAGCCUUACAGAUGUGAUCAGUGUAGGGCAGCUUUUACGAAACAAGGUAGUCUAAGAAGUCAUCAGCGUAUCCACACUGGAUAUAAGCCUUACAGAUGUGAUCAGUGUGGGGCAGCUUUUACCGAACAAGGUCAUCUAAGGCGUCAUCAGCGUAUUCACACUGGAGAAAAGCCGUACAGAUGUGAUCAGUGUGGGGCAGCUUUUACCCAACAAUGUCAUCUAAGGAGUCAUCAGCGUAUUCACACUGGAGAUAAGCCUUAUAGAUGUGAUCAGUGUGGGGCAGCUUUUACCCAACAAAAUAAUUUAAGGAGUCAUCAGCGUAUUCACACUGGAGAUAAGCCUUACAGAUGUGAUCAGUGUGGGGCAGCUUUUACCUUGUCAGGUCAUCUAAGCCGUCACCAGCGAAUUCACACUGGGGAUAAGCCUUACAGAUGUGAUCAGUGUGGGGCAGCUUUUACCCAACAAGAUAAUCUGAGGAGUCAUCAGCGUAUUCACACUGGGGAUAAGCCUUACAGCUGUGAUGAGUGUGGGGCAGCUUUUACCCAACAAGGUAGUCUAAGGAGUCAUCAGCGUAUUCACACUGGAGAUAAGCCUUACAGAUGUGAUGAGUGUGGGGCAGCUUUUACCCAUCAAGGUAGUCUAAUGCGUCAUCAGCGUAUUCACACUGGGGAUAAGCCUUACAGAUGUGAUCAGUGUGGGUUAGCUUUUACCCAACAAGAUAAUCUGAGGAGUCAUCAGCGUAUUCACACUGGAGAUAAGCCUUACAUAUGUGAUCAGUGUGGGGCAGCUUUUACCCAUCACGGUAGUCUAAGGAGUCAUCAGCGUAUUCACACUGGAGAUAGGCCUUACAAAUGCGAUGAGUGUGGGGCAGCUUUUACCCAUCAAGGUAGUCUAAGGAGUCAUCAGCGUAUUCACACUGGAGAGAAACCUUACAGAUGUGAUCAGUGUGGGGCAGCUUUUACCAAACAAGAUAAUCUGAGGAGUCAUCAGCGUAUUCACACUGGAGAUAAGCCUUACAAAUGUGAUCAGUGUGGGGCAGCUUUUACCCAACAAGGUCAUCUAAGGCGUCAUCAGCGUAUUCACACAGGAUAAAAUAUCGCCUGUGAUCAGUGUGGGGCAGCUUUUACUCAGAGAGCUCAGUUAAAGGUACCAAUU